ACCUCGCUCUUCCGCAGGGCCGGGAAAUCCGAGCUCGGCGUCGAGCCCACGUGGGCUGGAGCCGGCUCGGCUGUGCAAGGGUUAAAUCCGGCUGCUCGUCCGGGUCUCGGGGGCCUCCCACUCGGCAGCGCAGGGUAUGAAUAGCUGCGCUCCCCUCUGCUCCCAGGCACUCGCUUCCCUCCCCGCCUUCCCGCUCUGCCUCGCGUUCUCCCCGCAUCCUCCUGCCCCGCGGCUCCCCCGGCAGCGCCCAUGCUGAGCACGGAGAGUUUGGCAGGGCCGAGAGCCCUGGGAGAGGAAUCGCUGCAGAUGUGGGACCUCAACAAGCGCCUGGAGGCGUACCUGGCCCGCGUGAAGUUCCUGGAGGAGGAGAACGAGGUGCUGCGAGCUGAAAUCCAGAGCGCCAAGAGCGGCCCGGCCGGCGACUCGUGGCGGGCGAAGUACGAGGAGGAGCUGCGAGCCCUGCGGGAUGCGCUGGAUGUCGCCUUCAGGGAGAAGUGCACGGCCGAGCUGGCCAGGGACAACCUGUACGAGGAGGUGCAGCAGGUGAAAAGCAGGUGCCAGAAGGAGCAGGCAGCCCGAGAAGAGGCUAAGAAGCAGCUGUCCUUGAGCAGGAAGGAGCUGGAGGAGGAGAGGAGAGCGCAGAUCUGGCUGAAGGAGAGAGCUGUGCAGCUGGAGAAGGAGGUGGAAGCCUUGCUGGAGGUGCACGAGGAGGAGAAAGCGGGGCUGGACCAGGAGAUCGCCAGUUUCUCCCACAGUCUGGAGAGUUUCCGCAGUGCCCCGGUGGCUUUCCAGCCGGUGGAGGUGGAGGAUUACUCCAAGAGGCUCUCGGAGAUCUGGAAAGGGGCGGUGGAGACCUACAAGGCAGAGGUGGCUCAGCUGGAGGGGUCCCUGUGCCAGGCCAAAGAGAACCUGUGGAAGGCGGUGGAGGACAACCAGCAGAGCCAGCUGCAGCUGCAGCACCUGGAGAAGGACUUGGCGGGGCUCAAAGCUCGGAAGGAGAUGCUGGAGGAGAGCCUGGCCCGGCAGUGGCAGGAGCAGCGCGGAGAGGCAGAAAAGUUCCAGCUGGCCAUGGAGGCCCUGGAGCAGGAGCAGCAGAGCCUGCGGGUGCAGAUCGCCCGGGUGUUGGAGGACAGGCAGCAGCUCAUGCACCUCAAGAUGUCCCUGAGCCUGGAAGUGGCGACCUACAGGACGCUGCUGGAAGCGGAGAGCAGCCGCCUGCAGGUGCCCGCUGGGGAAUUCAGGGUGGCCAACGGUGUGAGAGAUCUCAAACUGGAGGUGAGCAGCAGCAAAGCGGUGCCAGCCAGCCCCGAGGCCAGGCGGGUGCUGCCCUGCACCCCCUUCCCCAGGGCGACAAAAAAACCCCAAAGCUCCACCCUGACACCCCAAAGCGCCAGGGAGCUCCAGAAAAUCACCUCAGCCCUCCAUGGCAGCGCUGCCAGCAGGGGUGAUGGGCUGGGGGCUCCCACAGCCAGCCCCCCCCAGGCAGGCAGAGCCGCCCCUCCCCUCUCCCCGGAGCGGGAGAGCUCUGGGGGGGAAGGUCCCGCCUGGCCGGGAGGAGAUGAGGCAGCGAUGAGCCGAGGGAUGGAGUGUCCCCUGUCCAGAGCCCCGGGGGACAGUGGCAGUGCCAGCCUGCAGCCCCUGGGAGCCGCCCACAGGCUGCAGUACCCUGCCCAGCUGGUCAGCGAGGCACUGGAGGAUGCCCUCAAGGCCAUGGAAGGGGAGGCUCAGCCCGAAGAGGAGCCCAGAGCCAGCUCCACGUGGGAUGUCCGUGCCCCCAGCCCCGCUUUCCCCCCCGAGGCUGUGCCAGAGGGGCCUGGGGAAGGGCAGGAGCCCUCGGAGGGCUCUGAGGAUGGGGAGAGCCCCGAGGAAGAGGAGAGGGUGGGGGAGGUGAUGCUCCAGGGGCUGGCUGGGGACAGCAGCAUCCUGCAGGACACAGCCCCAUCCCCAGCGGGCAUGGACCCUCCCUUGGGUGCCUCGGGGAGCCAGGAAGACCUGGGAGCCUGGGAGGAGGAGGAGGAGGAUGAUGAUGAGGAGGAAGUACCUGCUGUGCUGAGCCCAAGGGAUCCAGAAAUGGAGGCCCAGGAAGGGGACAAGGAUCUCCCUGGACAAACAGAGACCAGCUGGGAAAAGCCAGAGCAGGAGAGAGCAGAGACCCCCAGCACGGAUCCAUCCCACCCCUCAGAGGAUGAGGAGGAGGAGGAGGAGAAGGGAGAUUUUCAGGAAGAAGGAACACAUGUGCCAGAAGAGGAGUGUCCCCACAGAGAAGUGGAAGCUGCUCGUGUUGUCCUUGUGGAAAGCCACCUGGUUUUGCCCACAGAAGGUCACCUGGAGGAGGACUUUGCUGAUGCAGAGCAGGAAAGGGCUGAGCAGCAGAAAAUGCCCGGGUGUGAGAUGGACCUGGCUGCAGAGAAGGAAAGGGAACAGGAGCUGUGUCCGGAGCAGGAGCCCUCGAGAGUCCCCGAGGCCAUCCCAGCAGAGGAGCCUCCCACAGGAGCUGAAGGAGAUGCCAUGGCAGGGGAGGACACAGGCAGAGAGGAAGAUGCUGAGGGAGAAAAGGGAGAGGCCGGCAGGGAGGUGCUGGGAAGAGAGGAUCACAGGGUAGGACAGGACCCCAUGGCAGGAGAGGACCUCACAGCAGGAGAGGGCUCUGAGUCAGGAGAAGAUCUUGGGGCAGGAGAAGGCUCUGAGGCAGGAGAAGACUGUGGGGCAGGAGAAGAUCAUGGGGCAGGAGAAGAUCAUGGGGCAGGAGAAGAUCAUGGGGCAGGAGAAGAUCUUGGGGCAGGAGAAGAUCAUGGGGCAGGAGAAGACCGUGGGGCAGAAGACCAUGGGGCAGGAGAAGACCAUGGGGCAGGAGAAGGCUCUGAGGCAGAAGAUCAUCUUGGGGCAGGAGAGGCUGUGGCAGGUGACACCCUGGAUGGGGACAGCAGAGCCCCAGAGGAGCCUGAGGAGCUGCAGGAAAGAGAGGGGGAGGAAGAGGAGGAGCUGAAGCCAGGAGAGGAGCCCUGGGGACAGGGGGAUGACAAUGGCAGUGGCCAGGAGCCCUGUCCAGAGGACUGGGAGGUGACAGCAGGGGACACUGAGGGACUGCUGGGGGUAGAAGAGUCAGCCUGGGCAGAUGACACCCUGAGCAGUGCAGGAAGGCUGGAAAGUGAAGAGAGAGGUGGCACAGGGCCAGCAGAGCUGGAGGAGGCCCAGGAGGACGAUGAGGAAGAUGCCAAGAGCCAGGAGAUGAGGCAGCAGCAGGCACUGCCAGAGGCUGAGCCAGCAGCAGAGCUGGCACGGCAGGGCAGCGUGGCACAGCCUGAGCCAGCCCCUGCAGGUGCCCCCGGGGCAGGGGACAGGCAGGAGCUGGCAGGGGCUCCAGAGGAACCACGGGGGCUGCAGGGUGAGGACACUGCUGAGGGGCUCAGCCCAGAGCUGGGGGAGCUGGAGAGCUCAGGGCUGGUGGCACCGGGGCAGGUGCCAAGUGAGAACAGCGAGUGGGCACUGGAGGAGACAAACAGAGCCCCAGAGCUGGUGGCACUGGGACAGGUGCCAUGUGACAGUGCUGAGUGGGCACUGGAGGAGACCCCCAGAGCCCCAGAGCCCACAGUGGGCACUGGCAGGAGGGUGGAGCUGGAGGACACCCUGCCAGACAGCACGCCCCUGCACCUCUACCAGGGGGAGGUGCUGAUGGGGACAGCCAGCCCGAACCCUCCAGAGAGCGAGGGCACCACGGGGACAGCUCCUGUGUGUGCCACAGCCCACGAGGGUGAAGGGUGGCUGCCAGGGAGGGACAAGCCACCAACUCCCAGCAUGCCAGAGAGCCCUGAAGAGGAGGCAGAGGGGGCUGAGGAGGAGGAGGAGGAAGGUUAUUUCAUGGUCUCUGCUCCCAGCCAAGAGGUGUCCAGCUCAGAGGAAGCUGAGAUCCCUGAGGACUUUGAAGAAAUUAAAGUGGAAGCAACUGAAGGUGGCCAAGAUGAUCUGGGGGCUCCUGGAGAAGCAUCUCCAGGGCCAGAGGGCAAAGAGCACCUCGAGGGGCUUGCUGCAGAAGCAGAUGAGGAUAUGGAGAUGCCUACUGAGGAACCUGAGGUGCCAGAGGAUGAGGAGGGCAGUGCUGAGCUGGAGGAAGGCCCAGAAGAAGAUCCCAGCUGCCUUGGGGUGGUGGAACCAUCAGCUGGAGGUUCUGAUGGGCCAGCCCAGGGUGCCGCAGGCCCUGCAGUGUGGCAGGAACCAGAGCACCCAGAAGGUCUGGCUGCUGAACCAGAUGAGGAGCUCCACGCCACAGCUGAGCUGGAGGGGGAUGCCAGUGGAGCAACAACCACGCUGGGGCUGGCAGGGCAGGAGGAGGAGGAGGAGGAGGAGGAUGAGCCCAGCACGGCUCUCCAUGACACAACCAAGGCCACAGCAGAGCUCCAGGCCCAGGCAGUGCCUGAUGAAGCAGAGCAGGCUCUGGAAGAGCAGCCAGCCACGGAGGGGGAAGCCCCGGGCAGUGAGAGCUCUCCUUCCCCCGGGGCCAGCCCAGCUCAGCUGGGCCCUGCAUCGGGGCAGGGAGGUUCUCCAGAGGGGAUUCCGGACAUCCCGGACACAGCUGCUCUCCCUGCAGAGCUGCCAGUGGAUCUCAUGAAAGCCUCGGGGAUUUUGGAAAUAGUCGAGCAGGCCCUGGAGUUCAACCAGGAGCUGAUGGGGGGGAGGGUGGCAGAGGCUGGGCAGGGUCCUGGCAGGAGAGAGCCCUCCCGGGAUGCUGGGGAGGACCUGGAGCCCUCCCGGGAUGCAGAGGAACACCCUGAGCUCUCCCAGGAUGCAGGGACACACCCCGAACUAUCCCGGGAUGCAGAGGAACACCCCGAGCUCUCCCAGGAUGCAGGGGAACACCCUGAGCUCUCCCGGGAUGCAGGGGAACACCCCGAGCUCUCCCAGGAUGCAGGGGAACACCCCGAGCUCUCCCGGGAUGCAGGGGAACACCCCGAUCUCCCCCGGGAUGCAGGGGAGGACCCAGAGCUCCCCCGGGAUGCAGGGGAGGACCCCGAGCUCCCCCGGGAUGCAGGGGAGGACCCAGAGCUCCCCCGGGAUGCCGGGGAGGACCCCGAGCUCCCCCGGGAUGCAGGGGAGGACCCCGAGCUCUCCCGGGAUGCAGGGGAGGACCCCGAGCUCUCCCGGGAUGCAGGGGAGGACCCCGAGCUCUCCCGGGAUGCAGGGGAGGACCCAGAGCUCCUCCGGGAUGCAGGGGAGGACCCAGAGCUCCCCCGGGAUGCAGAGGAACACCCGGAGCUCUCCCAGGAUGCAGAGGAACACCCCGAGCUCUCCCGGGAUGCAGGGGAGGACCCAGAGCUCCCCCGGGAUGCAGGGGAGGACUCCUCCCUGGCCUCAUCCAGCGAGGAGGAGCCCACGGUGCAGGAGGCCCCGGAGACGGAGGGUGCGCUCCGGGCUGAGAACGGGCUGCACCGGGAGGCCAGCCUGGAGGAGCUGCCUGAAUUCCCCGAGGAGAUGCUGAACGGCGCCACCAGCACAGCCCCGGCGCAGGAGCUCCCCACAGACCCCACAGAGCCCUCGGGGGUGAUGCCACCGCCGGCCCCCAGCCCUGGAGGUGGCACUGCCACCAAGCUGGGGGAUGGCAGCCUGAGGGGGAAGCAGCUGAGCGCCGUGGUCCCUGCGCCGGGGGAGGAUGUCCCGUGCCUCACAGCCCCGCAGCCAGCAGUGUGUGGCCUGAGGGCUGAGCAGGAGCCCUGGUCCUCAGGGGACGAGUGACAGCAGCCAGGGGCAACCUUCUGGUGGCCCCUUCCUGCCAAAACCCAGUGCCCCCCCUUGUCCCACCUCUCCUGAUGCUUCCCCAUCUCCCCGUGGGUUUUAACACGUUUGUGUGGAUUUUUUGCACCCCUUUUCAGAGUGAAGAACCACCAAGUUUUGUUGCACCCCCACAGCCCACCCAAAUUCUCAUGCUUGCUCUGGGAUCCCCGCUUCAUUUUGGGUUUCCUCCUGGGUGGGUUGACAUGGCUGUAUUUAAUUUAAACUCUGUGUUUCCCCAUUCCCUGCAACCUUCCCUCUCCAACUCCUCCAGUAUUUGCCCCAGGAUGUCCAGCUGGAGGUUAGGGACCCUCCCCAAACUGCACCCUGGGACUCAGCAUUUUGGGGUACAUCACCCCAGGGUCCCCAGCCUGACCCUGGGGGCUGAGCCACACUGGAUGUACCCACCACCUCAAAAUUAAUUUAAUAAAGCCUCCUCCUCCCCUCA